UGUCUCCUCCGAGGUGUGGACGUGCGCUGCUUCCCACCGUGCCUUGCCUUCCCCUCCCAUGCAACCCUCACCCCACCCGCCAUUUGUCUUCUUAAACUUCCUCAGACAAUACAGGAAUAAGACAGUCUCCAGAGAAGCACUUCAUCUGUGUCUGACUGCGCAUGCGUCGGGACUGUUACGAACAUGACUCCCUCAGACCAGACAGUCGUUAUUACAGGACUUCAAUGUGAGGGAGUCUUGGCAGCGGUCCUCUGAACCUGGUGCCUGGUGCCUGAGCAUUCGCGUGGCUCUGUGUAGCGGUGACGGGAGCGGCGACUCAGAGAUGGAGCCGUCACGCUUGGUUGUAAUGGUUUUGGUCACGAACAUGUCACCAGCCCUCGCAUCGUCUGUCACGUCUCUCCUCGGCUCCAGCUUCGGUGUUGAGGUUCUGAGGCAAAACAGAGGCUGGAACGAUGAUCCUCACGGGAGAUUUAUUGGUUACGGAAGCAACAGCAGUACCAGUAGCAGUAGUAACGGGAUGGAACUCGGUGUUAAGCGUCAACUGAUCGACUUCCCUGACGAUGCUAUUAUGGGGUUCUACUUCAAGUUGGUGGUGCCUUACUGGAGCCUCCCUAAAGUUUCCACCAAGGGGGAUUACCGCGUGGAGAUCACAUAUGAGCUUCCAAAUUCCCUCGGGAGGCGCCGCAAGAAACGUACUCUCGACAUCGAACGGUCAUCGAUCUACGCCCUCGUCCAGGACCUCUUUUCCAAAGCCGGGAUGGACGGGGCCUCGUGCGUGCUGCGUGCAGUGUGCGAGGUAGGCGAGGCUCCUCUGGACGAGUAUGGCCUACUGGGGGAACUCAUAACACUCGUCUUCGCGCCGGGAUUCAGGCCGAGCGAGGAGCACCAGGACCACAUCCAAGCCGAGCAGUAUGGCCGGAGCUAUGGAAGCUGCUGGUCAGCAUAUCCAGACUGCCCUAUCUCCAUGCGAGAACAACUUUAUACUUUCUUCAUCAAUAACGCCAACAUUGCAGAAAACAAUUCGUCUUAGCGUUAUUGCAAAGACGGCGGGAUGAGACAGUACUGUCAGAGUCAAUCGAUUAUCGAUUAUUUUAAAGUUUGACCGAGAGGAACUUGCCGUCGGCUCGGUUCGCUUGUCAGACAUUUAAAGCGACUAAUGUUCACUAGCAUUCUUCUUCCCAUUUCCUAUCGAUAUCUACAAAUAUAAUAUUUGAGAUUUCUCGAAGAUUUCUCCCAGUUCAUCCUUGGGAGGGAAGCGGGAAGCCUUGGGUAAGACUGCGUCAUGACGAUAUCACUGAUGCGUCAUAGGCCACGAUAAUGGAAGCUAUUUCCGUAACUCAGAAUAGGAUUUCAUGUAUCAAAGAAAUUAUCAUAUGUAUUGAAUUACUUGUUCAAUGUAUUUUCUCGAAAUAAAACACAAUAGUA